AUGGAUGAGAACUACAUCCUCCUGCCACACGGAGUCAACUUCCAGGAGGCAAUUUUCCCGGACACCCAGGAGAACAGAAGGAUGUUUGCAAGCCUUUUCCAGUUCUCUAACUGCUCUCAGGCACAGCACGUCCUGAGCUUCUCCAGUGACUGGGAGAUUCAAGAGGACAACCGGCUCCUGUGUGCCUCAGCCUGGGAAGGGGAUGGUGUUUCUGGCUGUCAUGGUGUUAGGAAUUCGUUCCCUAGCUCUUCCAUGCCCCUGUCCAGG